AUGUCAAGUAAACUCUGCAAAUGGAAGGACAAUGUAUGGUUAGGACUCACGUCCGGGGAUCUGGACAGCUUCUGCGGAAAAGGGGAGCAGGGAAUCCCCACUUUAGACGAGAAGUACAUGGACAGCACGACUGUAUGGAUAGCAUGGUUAGAUAACUACAUGAACGAGCCCGAAGCAGCCGGGUUGAAGGCGCUUUAUGAGAGACUAAGAAAGGAGAGAGUCAUAGACAGCUGCGGAGAGGUAGACAAGUCAAUAAAGAACAGGACAUGGGAAAACUUAAUCGUAAAAAUUCUCGAGAAUAUGAAGGACAUCGCUAAAAUAAAGUCUAGCGAUGAGGGACUCAGAGGGGGGGAGGGGAAGAAUCAAGGACAGGAAGGAUAUAGGUGGAGAGAUAUACUCAAGAGGAAAAUCUGCCCAACAACCGAUAAAUCUAAAAUGUGGAUGGGAGCAAUAAGUUGCCUGAUACACAUAUGGGAGGGGAAAAUCCCAGGCACCGAGGAUAAGUACCGAAGACUACCAGACGAAUGUGAGGGGAUUUUAAGGAAGAUGAAAGUGCGAGAGUCAGACUGGCAGAAUAGGGUAAAUGCGAACUGUCAUUCAAGCGAGGAUUACAGAAAAUCAAAUAGUGGAUUGGCAACCCCAACCCCCGAAGACGAAGGAAAAGUCAGUCUGAUAUUAAGUCUAUAUGGGAGUCUAACGACAUUAUGUACCACGUGUGGCCCGUAUGACUUAAGCAACUGGCUAGGAGCCCAGACGCAAGCCAGUUCCUUCCCAAGCAGCUUAUACUGUGCCUUGAGGGGAGAUGAAUUAGAAUGUAAAGAUAGUCCGGAGCAGUUAAAGGGACGGGGACGAUAUAUAUUGUAUAGAACAAGAUCAAAACUCCGCUUUGCAUCAGGACCAACUAGCCCCUGCCUCAUGAGUUCCCAGAGGACGCCCCAAAAAGCAAGUACAAGUCAACACUCACCCGGCCCCAAGAACCAAGAAAAUGUCGGAGAGUCACUAAAGUUCCCACCUAUAAUUUCAAGCCUCCCCCAGGAGGCUCAGAAUGAGCAUGUCCCCCAGACCCUCAGCGGCCUGUCCAGGACAGGCGCCACGGAACUAAAAGACACAGGCCAAAGUAACCUUCAGGGACCAAAAGGGGAAGAUAUCGAAGGGCACCAACCACAAGGAAAAGUCUCUGCGCCAAAUCCCCCCAAUGAGGGUCACCAGGGACCCGACGGCAGCGGAGGAGCAACCUCGAGUCGAGUCUCCCCCCCGAAGGGACAAAAGCAUAAACCUCCUCCCUCAGAAGUUUUAAGGAAACAGACUGUACCAGAGGCCAACAGCAGCGAGGGUGUAAUAGGAGGCAUUAUUACGAGCAUCAUUUUAGGGGCUUUGGCAGUAUAUGGCGCAUGGAGGAUAAGGAAGGGAGCCCAGGAUAGUCCCCCUGUAGGGACCUUAGCUCAAAGAAUCAUGGUAGGAUAUUUGACAUUAGAGGAAUCUGUAUAG